AUGAGGCCAUCUACGAAACGUACAAUAAUUACAUCAAAAACUACAGGUCGGCGAUAUUUUUUGGUUCGAGCUGCGAAAGGGGGAUCUGCUCGACGAUAUUAUGUAUGUUCAAGACCAGAUUGUGAUUCACGUUUAACUCGUGAAGCUGAUUUCUUUUGUCGAGCUCAUUCACAAGUAAAAGGCUCCGAAAGUGAAGAUAUUCCUGAUAUGUCAACACAAUCGGAUGAUGUUGAUGAGGAUGACUUAAAUGAAACUGGUGAAAUAGUUGAUGACAACGGUUUAAAUGAAAAUGGUGAAACAGUUGAUGAAGGAACAUCGACAGAGGCACAACGCAAUACAACUGUGGAUUCAAUUGAUGCUGAUCAACAAAAUGGAAAUGGAAUGCAUGAUUCAACCAUGGAAGAUGAUGACAAUGAUGUCAGUAAUGAUUUCAAUGCUUCACUACCACUUUCAUCUAGACAAAGAGUAAAGGCAAAUCGUGAAAUUCAUGUAGAUGAAACAACUGGUACACGUAGUUUUCGUGACAGUUCAGGUCGUCGUCGAUAUCUCUGUAUGCACGAAUCAUGUACAAAUAUGCUUAAACGUCAAGCUGAUAUUUUCUGUCGAACACACGGAUCUAAUCAUAUAAGUGAAGAUCAAAAUAAAAAGAAAAAAGGAAAUCAUAAACGUAAUUCAGCUCCACCAUUGUCCAGUGAAACACAAAAUCGUUUUCGUUCACCAUUUUCAACUACAACUACAGCAUCAACAAAUCAAAAUAGUACAAAUGGAAAUCAUUCAGAAGAAUAUGAAUCACCAGAAAAACAUAAUAAUACUGAUGCUCCAUCUCAAUCAACAUCAAGUGAACAUUCAAUAAAAAAACGUAAACAUGAAUCCCAAACUACACAAUCUAAAAUAAUUACUCGUUCAUUAAUUCCCCCUAACAAAAUUGUUAUGUCUACGACAACUCUUCUCGAUCAUCAAUGGAUUACUGUUCUAACAUUUCUUCGUCAAUUUCCUCAAAUUCAAUUAGGAACAAAUUUAAAUGUUAAUAAUCUUACAACACAUUUACUUAUUGAUGAUAGUGAAAAUCCUUUACAUUGUACAAUAACGAAAAAAAUUGUUCAAGCAGCAGCACGCCGUAAUAUAUUUAUAAUAUCUUCACGUUGGAUAACUGAAUGUAUACGUUUAAAUGAAAUUGUUGAUGAACAUCCAUUUGAAAUAACAAGUGAUUCUCAUACAACAUUGCGUUUAUCAGUACAAAAUUUUCAAACAAAUCAUAAAUAUUUAUUUAAUAAUUCAUCACCAGCAUUAAUUUAUGGAUUUGCAAUUGAAUGUCGUCAAUGUCAAGGUUCAAUUAAUCGUAAUGAAUUAAUUGAAUUAAUUGAAUUAACCGGUGCUAAAUUAUAUGAUAAUGUAAAUUCAGUCGAUAUAUUAAUUGUGUUAUGUGAUACCAAUGAAAAAAAUAUAAACAAAAUUAAAGAAAAAUAUCUUCAUACAAAUGUAUCAAAUAUUAAAUAUGUAAUAAGUGACUUUUUACUUAAAUCAAUUAUUAAAUUUGAAAUUCAAGAUAUUGACAAAUAUUCAUUAUAA